AUGACCAUAUAUCAGGCUUCAGUAACUGCUCCUGUAAAUAUAGCGACUCUCAAAUAUUGGGGUAAGAGAGAUAAAGAUUUAAAUUUACCAACAAAUUCAUCAAUUUCAGUAACAUUAUCACAAAAUGAUUUAAGAACAUUAACUACUGCAUCAUGUUCUUCUGAUUUUAAAGAAGAUAAAUUAUGGUUGAAUGGUAAAAAUGAAAAUUUACAAACUCCAAGAACUCAAGCAUGUUUAAAAGAUUUAAGAAAAUUGAGAUUUGAAUUAGAAGAAUCAAAUUCAAAUUUACCAAAAAUUUCAAAUUUAAAUUUACAUAUAGUAUCAGAAAAUAAUUUCCCAACUGCUGCAGGAUUAGCUUCAUCUGCAGCUGGUUUUGCUGCUUUAAUUUCAUCAAUUGCAAAAUUAUAUAAAUUACCACAAGAUAUGUCAGAAUUAAGUAAAAUUGCAAGAAAAGGGUCCGGAUCAGCUUGUAGAUCAUUAUUUGGAGGAUUUGUUGCUUGGGAAAUGGGAAAUUUAGAAAAUGGUGAAGACUCAAAAGCUAUUGAAAUUGCUUCCAUAAAUCAUUGGCCAAGUUUAAAAGCUAUUAUUUUAGUUGUUUCAGAUGAUAAAAAAGAUACUCCAUCUACUUCAGGUAUGCAAUUAACUGUAAAAACAUCAGAUUUAUUUAAUUAUAGAAUUAAAGAAGUUGUACCUAAAAGAUUUGAAGAAAUGAAAAAAUCAAUAUUAAAUAAAGAUUUCCCAAAAUUUGCUGAAUUAACAAUGAAAGAUUCUAAUCAAUUUCAUUCUGUUUGUUUAGAUUCUUAUCCACCAAUUUUUUAUUUAAAUGAUACAAGUAAAAAAAUUAUUAAAUUAAUUGAAAAAAUAAAUAGUGAUCAAAAAGAACCAAUUGCUGCUUAUACAUUUGAUGCCGGUCCAAAUGCUGUUAUUUAUUACGAUGAAAAAGAUGAAGAUACAAUUUUAAGUGAAAUAUAUAAAUAUUUUGGUGAUGUUGAUGGUUGGAAUGAUAAAAAAUAUAAAUUUGAACAAAAUCAAAAAAUUAAUGGAGUUUCUAAAGUUAUAUUAACAUCUAUUGGUGGAGGUCCAAAACAAGUUGAAGAAUCUUUAAUCAAUGAUCAAGGAUUGCCUAAAUAG